AUGAGCAGCACAAUUUCAUCCUCAAAUAUUAUCAGCACACCUGCUGUUACGACGACCGCAACACCCACGUCCUAUUCUGCAUCCCCUUCGUGCACAGUCGGUGCAGAGUUCGCGCUUCAUAUUAUCAAAGAGGAAUCAGACCUGUGCCAGAAUAUGCUCCAAGACCCAUACUUCGAGCCUCCCAACUACGACAUCAAAGGUCUCCUCCAAGACCGACGUCCUGUUGGCGUCGGCAUUGAGCGGUAUCCUGAUUAUUACCAGCGAGAUGACAGCGUACCCAUCAGCUAUGGCGGCGUCGAAGGUCCCCCUGGAUCUAGUAUGAGAUGCAACAUCCUUGUGCACCGCGGCUAUAUAAAAGCCACCUUACCCGGCGCUUACGAGUUUCUCGUGACCGAAUCCCCACGCGAGGAUGUCAUGUUUGUGUGGUUCGGCGACAAGGCUAAGUCUGGGGCCUUCAACGCCAGUAACGCCGAUAUCGUCGUGCCGAACGAUAGCGGGUGGCUUUACCGCUUUUUCGUUUAUUUCAGGGACGCCUCUGAGUUCAUACCUUUCCGCAUGUUCUGGUCCCAUGGGAAGGGAACACCUGGUAGCUUCUCCGUGGGAAUCUUCCCAACGUAUCCUGUGGGCCUAGACGAGGACGUGGAGCCUGAAAAUCCAGUUUUCUACUCGAACUGCUCUGGUAGCAAUAGCCCUGCUCCGGCUUGGCCUUCCUGGGAAAGUGAGGACUACUCCGGAGGAAACUGA